AUGCCCCCCUCCUCCCCCACACUCGUGCCCAAAAUCAAAGUCCAGCUCAAGCUCUCCAUCGCACGCCUGCGCAUGGUGCAGAAGCGCGACGAAGCCCUGGCCAAAACCCAGCGGCGCGCCAUGGCCACACUCCUAGAGCAGGGCAAGACGGAUUCGGCGCGCAUCCGCGUCGAGAACAUCAUCCGGUCCGACAUCAUCACCGAGCUGCACGAGGUGCUGGAGCUGUACUGCGAGCUGCUGCUCGCGCGCGCGGGCCUGCUGGACGCUCCGCCCCCGUGCGACCCGGGCCUGGAGGAGGCGAUCAAGAGCGUGAUUUACGCGGCGCCCAAGACGGAGAUCAAGGAGUUGGGCGCGGUGAGGGCGCUGCUGGCGGAGAAGUUUGGGAAGGAGUUUGUGUUGCAGGCCAUGGAGAAUGAGGAUGGGCGGGUGAGUGAGCGGGUUGUGCGGAAACUGAGCGUGGCGCCGCCGAGGGAGGAGCUGGUGCAGGGGUAUUUGGAGGAGAUUGCCAAGGCGUAUGGGGUGGAUUGGCCGCCUGGGAGGAGGGCGGAGGAGGCGUUGGGGGAGCCGCCGGGGUUUGUGGACGGGGAGGAUGGUGAGGAUGAUGGUGGGUGA